ACCUCCACCUCUCCUCGCCUCCGACCAUGUCCCUCCCUUGCAGAACGAGGAUAAAACCGCUUGGUGUUCCUCGGAACCCCUCUGCGAAGUCAACGAGGGUCUCGAGGCGGAGUUACACUACGUCAGCGCCUUCGGAAGAGGCCAAGCAAAACCUUACAUGGCCGGAAUAUCUCGAUAUUCGGAAGAACAAGCGUAGAUGGGAGACCGCUGCCACUAUUCCAUGCACCAUCCUCGGUUUCGCAGGCGGUGUCGCGUACUUUGGCACGAUGGAAGGAGACGCAACUAAGCCCAUCAUGGGCGUCGACCCCCUCUUCUUCUACGGCGGCUGCACGGUAGCCUGUAUGGGCCUCGGCUACCUCGUCGGCCCCGCCCUCGGCGCUGCCGGCUGGCGAAUGACCCACAGACGCACCAUGAACCUGAUCGAGCAGAAGGACCGCGACUUUCAUAAGCGGAUAGUCAAGAACCGCGUAGACCCCACCGCACAGAGCGCGACGAACCCCGUUCCGGACUUCUACGGCGAGAAGAUAGGGUCGCUAAAUGGGUAUAGACAGUGGCUAAGAGACCAGGCGCGGUUCAGAAAGAAGGCGCGUUUCUUGGACGAGUAGACGUCCACACGUCCCUUUUCGUCGUCAUACGUACAUCUCUGUUGUAUAUAUCAUCCAUCGACUAAUGCACAAGUUUACUCACAAC